AUGUCGGAGCAGCCCGCGCCACCCGACGGUCACGAAGGAUACCUCCUCGAGCUCCACGCGCCGACGUGGCAGACACGCUACGCGGUGCUCGGAAGCGGCGUGUUGUACGUGUAUAGCCAUCGGGGCGAGGCGUAUCCACGGGACCUUGUCUUGCUCGCAGGCUGCGUCGUCGAGGCGUGGCCACAACAUCGGCCACAUAGUUUUUCCAUUACGCACCCGUCAACAACAUAUGCGAUCUGUCUGGCAGCUUCGGACACGACAUCGGUGGCUGCUUGGGUGACAAAGCUACGGGCUCAUGCGGCCCUCGCGCCGCGGCGAGCGUCCACGGGGACCAAGGAGCUCCAGGCGCGCCCCGCUGAUGUUCCAAAGCUCUGGACCGAGUCUAGUAUUUUCGUGGCGCAGAAGUACGAGUACCAGAUCAAAGCCAUGAUGACGGAUCUGGCGCAGCACCUCUUUGAUGCGAGCCGAUGGACGCUGGCGCCAUCCGAUGCAACUCUGCGCGUCUGGACGUCGAGCAAUGCGGUCAUGAGCAAAGCAACGAUCCACGAGACACCACCCGUCAUUCUACAAGCGCUGCUCACUCCCUCGAGCAUGCUUCAGGUGGACACGCAGAUCAGUGCGCUUCAUCUCCUCUCGGCCGUGGACCCGCACACGUCGGUGCAAUAUGCGUUGCACAAGCCAUUGUUUCCAGCGUCUCGCAAAGCGUGUGUUAAACUAUUGCACUGGCGUCUCCUACCCGACAACUCGCUUGUGGUUGUGAGCCGGUCGCUUCAAAACUACGCGCUCCCAGCUUCGCUCGAGGACGUGCCACGUAUGGCGCUGCACCUCGAAGGUUUCCAUAUCGUACCAGCGCCCGACAACCUGAGUGCCGAGGUCACGUACGUACUCCAGCCAGAGGCCCCGAGCGUACCGCUAGAGGUCUUUGGCGCCAAGGUAUGCCAACUGCGGUCGGUGGUGCAGUCACCCUACGGCCCAGUCGCCGUCGCACCACUACCUCACCCGGCGGCGCAUGCCGCUGAGGUUGAGGCGGCGCUUACGGCGCUUCUAACUGCUUUGGACGCCGAGGCGAAACAAUGGACCGUGCACGGCGAGCGCGACGGCGUCGCAGUGUCGUACAAGCCCGACGGCGAUCUCGUUGCGGUGCGCGCCCGUGGGUUGCUCCCUUUCCCAGCCAAAGACAUUCUGUCCUUUGUGCUGGCAGUCUACGAAAAACCGGCGCACGACCCGCUCUGCGUCGUCGCGGAGCGCGUGGCAACGCUGGAUGCACACACGACCAUCGACUACGUCGCGUACAAGCCGGUGCUCCUUGUGUCAGGGCGCGACUUUGUAACGCGCGUCCACUCGCGGGAGCUCAAUGACGGGUCCAGUGUCGUCGUUGCCACGUCGACGACCCACCCGCUAUGUCCGCUCCGCGAGCCCGACACCAUUCGCGGCCACGUACACUUGGCGGGCUGGCGCAUCACGCCACGCAGUGCGUCGCUCUCCGAGGUGUGGUUUUUUGUCAAGACAGACCUUCGCGGCUCCAUUCCCGCGCGCAUCUCGCAGCGUGUGCUGAUUGACCAAGGCUUUGGUAUGUUGGAUGUAGCCAAAGCACUGGCGGCCAAGUCCAAGGUGGCGUCGGCGCCAGCAUCGCUUCCGACGCCGCCAUCGCCUUUGUCUCUAGACACUCCACCGGCGCGACCACCACCGACACCGCAAGACAUGACGCUAUUGGGCCUGGCCCAGUUUAUGGCUCUCUUUCUAAGUCUCUUGUACGCCGCGCCGGCCCUUUUCACAACGUACUUGGUCGAGAUCCUCCACGAAACUCUCGUUUGGGGUCUCAUUGCCUGGAUGUGUGUCCAGCUCUACCUGGGCCCAGCCACGAACCACGCCCACCACGCUGGCUACGGCCACAUCUAUGCCGGCGUCGACAUUGACGUCACCGCGGCGCUGACGUUCUUGCAAGAGCCGUCGCAACAAGGCAUCUGCAUUCGCGAUGUGGUGGUAGCCGCUGUCGCCCGUGUCCUCGGUUCUAUGCCGCAUCUCAAUAGUCAUAUAGUGCUCGGGAAGCUGUACCCAUCGUCAACAGUUGACGUCACGCUGGUGGCUCGCGGCCAACAUGACGAGAUGUUGGAGCCUCUGCCCCUCCAAGAUCUCGCCACCGGAACCGUUCGAGGUGUCGCGGAGAGCGUGCGCGCUGGUAUUGUCAAGCAGCAACGUGACGGAACGGUCGCUUGUCGCCAGGCGUGGGCGCGGUGGCUACCGUCCUCCAUUCUACAGCUUGCACUGCGCCUCGUGGCAUGGCUUAGCCAAGGACUUGGCCUCGACUGCUCACGCGUGGGCGUUCCGCGCCGGGUGUUUGGCCAAGCCCUCGUCGUUGAGCUUGAUGAUGCGUACGUUCCGAUUGCACCUUGGAUGCACGUACCGCUACUGGUCGUCCUUGGACCACCGGCGAAGAAGCCCGUCGUUGUCGACGACCAAGUGGUGGUUCGGACGAUGGUUUGCCUUCACGUGACAUUGGAUGAACGCUAUAUCGAGGCGGCCGACGCCAACCGCGUCACUGCUCUUCUUCGCACGUAUGUGACUGAUCCCGCCGCGCAUUUGACCUCGAAAGCGUCGACAGCACAAAACGCCAAGGCAGUUGAGACGACCGAUGUGCCCGCGAGUGACGCCCGUCUUUGAUUCUUGGUAAUACACAUGCAUGACAGUAUUGUCACCAAUGGCACGA